AUAUGAAGAGUGUGCUGUACUAACAAAGCGUGAGGUUCCCUGUUACUCGCUUUGCUCAGAGGAACCAACAGCCCAGGAAACCAGUGAAGAACCUCCGCACAGUUAUCCAAGCUGAGCCAGCGUCUGUCGGUUUCUCUGACAGGCACACACACACGGUCAUGUGCCGCUUGGUCACUAGAUACUGAAAUGAGGGGCAUCUCUUCCUAGACACACACACACACACCGUGCACGCAAAUACAUGCUGUGCUCUCUAUCAGAAUCACGCAGGUUUUCAUGUAAACACACUCUCAUCUUACCGUUUCUCACUGCUCUUCUCUUUAAUUCUAUCUUUACAUCUCUCUCCCCUCCCACUCUCUCUCCCCUCCCUUUCUCUCCCUUUCUCUCACUCCCUGAUCGAUGCUCUUAGUUCCUUCUUUAAUCGCUGGAGGCUGCAAACAGGAUUAGCUGUGUAUUCAGACUGCAACCAGUUCUGCGCACGCACACUCUGACACAAACACACACAAUCACAAGUGUGCCGGACGCAGGCAUGAGUGGAGGGGACGUGGUUUGCACUGGAUGGCUUGUUAAAUCCCCACCGGAGAAGAAGCUCAAGAGAUACUCAUGGCGUAAACGCUGGUUCGUACUAAGACGUGGACGGAUGAGCGGUGAUCCAGAUGUGCUGGAGUACUUCCGCAGUAAAAACUCACGGAAACCCAUCCGGACCAUCGACCUCCAGGAGUGUGAGGUCACGGCCCAGGUGGACCCCUAUCCAAUGAGACGUCCUAUCCCCGACCAGCAUCUGUUCGUGGUGAAGACAUCCACGCGCGCGUUCUACCUGCUGGCCAAGACAGCAGAGGAGAUGAACUGCUGGGUCCGUAGCAUUACUCAGAUCUGCUCCUUCAGCACCCUGGACGACAGCACAGACUCAGUGGACAGUCUUGCACACACCCCUUCCUCCCAGCCCUCUCCUGCCCUCUCUCCUCAUGUCCCGCUCAUAUCCAAUGAGGGAGCAGUUACCAACGGCGACUCUGCUGUCAGAGACGUACCCAGCGAAUCAGACAGCAGCCCUACCCUUGACUACCUCUUCCUCUCUCAGUGCGAGACUGGCAAGAGGACCAUGGCCAGGUGUGACAGCAUGUCCAACUCUGAGCGUUCCUUGGAGCAGAGCUCGUUGGAGAACAUGUCUGAGGACGUCUUCAGCCCCACCCUGUGCACAGACCCUGCUCCGUCCCCCUUCAACAUCCUGUCUGCCUCCGCCUACACCAUGGGGGACGUGUUCAGAUUCGAUCGCCCUUUCUGUGUUACCCCUGACUCCCACACACCUCCUCCCCUACCCCCAAAACCAACUCACCUAUCUGAUCACCAUGGUAACGACGAUGUGUGGUGUAACCAUGGGCAACCAGGCAUUCUCCCACGCAGGACAUCACUGUCAGGUCUUGAGCAUUUCAGAAGAGGAGAGAUUGAAUUCAGCGCAAAAGGACACUUGAACAAAAGACUCAGUCUCAAUCUGCCUAUGUUUUGGGGAAAUGCUGUGUCUGACAACCAAUCAGAAGACUCUUCAUAUAUGCCCAUGGCAUCUCCACCAAUCAUCUCCUCAGAUUCUGCAUCAGAUGAGUACAUACCAAUGAGUCCUUCCUCCCUGCCUGUCUCACUCCUAUCCAAUGGUAAAGCAGAAUCGUCUCUUCCUCCUGCCCCCGAUGUGGAGCCUCCUCCAGUGAACCGCAGCCUCAAACCCAGGAGGCGGGUGAAGCCACCUCCCCUUGACCUGAGAGGGCUGUCGACCAUAAGAGAGUGCCCCGCCCACCACCCUCUCGCUCGCACGAUGACUGAACCAAGAUGGUGGGGGCGGGGCUUAAGCAGUGCCGAACAGGAAGCAGGGAUCACGUCUGGGUCGCUGUUUGCUGUGUGUGACUCCGCCCCCUGGCUGAGCCAUUCUCACCUCGAUUACCUGUCCCUGGACUUUGACUCCGCCUCCCCCUCACCUGUGCAGAAGGCUCUGCUGGACGAACAGCGUGUUGACUAUGUCCAGGUGGACGAGAAGAAGACCCAGGCGCUCCAGAACACCAGGACAGAAUGGAAGGACAUCCGGCAGUCCAAAGUGUGAAAGACCAGCGGGGUCGCCGCGACCACGUCCGGAGCCUUGGACAACCGAAGACAGCGUCCCGCGUGAGGGACACACUGCGGUGCUGAGACGCACUGAAACAUGUUUAUUUCUCGCAGAAGCCGAGAGUGGCCGGUGUUGGUCACAGCUUCACUGGGUAGGACGUGUACAUGUGGGACUAUAUCACAUUCGCUGCCAGGGUUGGCUCGAGCUUCAGAGAUCAGUGUAAACGCGCCUCAGCUGGUCACUGUGAGAAGAACCGAGCACUCGGAAUGCGGAUUUCCAGAAGAGGACUUAACUGGGACCCUGCAGCGCUGUGUGUCUGGAAUCAUGAACCGUCUGCUGUACUUCCUGUGAUUUGCAUUUUGCAAUAUUUUAAGCAGAUGCCUUUUCACCAAUAGCAUGACAGGGUCAAAAGGUGUCACUACUGACCACACAUAUCCUUGUCAGAUCUGACAAAGGUCUGAUUUGUACAGGUGUGUGUGUCUUGGGCACAUGGGUGUACCGUGUGGUGUUGUCACUGAGGGCACUGUGAUCUCAUGGUCAUUAUAUCACCAUGAUAAAAACA